AUGCCAUUAAUGGAGAUCAUUGCUGUAUUUAGAAUCGAGUCAGUUGAUGGCACCAAAGUCGCUACCUACACAAAAAGCCAAAAGCUCAAGAAACUUAAUUUGGGUUCCAUUGGUUCGCUACCUUUGUUUGCUCUGGAAGUUAUAAAAGUAGGACGUGGUAAGACCUGUGAUGUUAGGAUAGAUAACCCAGCAAUUUCCCUCCACCAUGCUACUAUAUGGUCGGUUCAAUUUGAUUCUGACACUUCUCCUUUGGUUUAUAUCAACGACAAUUCAAGAAAUGGGGUGUUGUAUAACGGAACAGACAUGCAUAGAGGAGAGACGAGGCUUUUAAAGGACGGUGAUACACUUGAAUUCAAGACAGCUGCAAUUUUCACAUAUGAAACUUUGGAGGUUGAUACACAAGAUAACACCACUAUAACCAUUGACACUUGGAAUAUAAGUGACUCCUUAAUUGGUACAGGCUCAUUUGGAUCUGUCUUUGUUGCAUCAUCAACUACAAAUUACAAACUUUAUGCGGUUAAAAUACUGAAGAAUGGAAGCAGGAGUUCCGAAUUUGAUCUCUUACGAGCAAUCAAACAUCCUAACAUUAUUACACUAUAUGAUGCCAUUACGGUCAACUCAUCAACCUAUUUAUUCCAAGAAUUGGUAUGCGGUGGAGACCUUUUCUCGUAUUUGGUUAAUGAUAACCAUCUCCGUGCACUUCCCGAGCAAGAAGCUAUCUUUAUUGUUUUCCAAGUCAUGAAGGCCCUUCAGUUUCUACACAACCAUCUAAGGAUUGUUCAUAGGGACUUGAAGCUUGACAAUAUAUUGCUACAGCUUCCAUUACCCAAAUCACGAAUUUACAUCUGUGACUUCGGUAUAGCAAAGAAAUUGACGUGCUCUCGCACAAACACUUCGGUCGGAACUAUCGAGUAUAGCGCACCAGAGGUUUUCAACAUCGAUAUCAAAGGGAAAGCAUCUGAGCCUUACAACUUUAAAUGUGAUACAUGGUCUCUCGGAAUCGUUACCCAUAUCUUAUUAACUGGAAUUUCACCUUUUUAUUCUGAACUGAAGGAGCAUAUCCUAAAGUCAGCACGCCAAGGGCAGUUAAAUUUCUCGAGAAAACAGUUUGUAAACAUAUCAAGAAAUGCAAAAACAUUCUUACUGGCCUUACUUCAAGUUGAUCCAAAUGAUAGAGUGGAUGCCGAUGGUUGUUUUAAUUGUGCUUGGAUUGCCAGUAAUAGAGCCAAGUUAGAAAGAUUCUAUCGUGAAAAAAUUGUUGACACACAAAAUAGGUAA